CGCCGGGAGGGGCGGGGCGGAGGCGGUGAGUCGGGCGGCAGGAAGCUGCGCGGUGGCGGCGCUGCUGCUGGUGGGCCGUCGGCGGGACGCGGAGGGGCCGGGAGCCCGGGAUGGCGAGCAGGAGCCAGGAGCGGAGCCUGUGGGAGGAGCUGACAUGUGUCAUCUGCUGCGACCUCUUCAGCGAGCCCGUCAUGCUGGACUGCAUGCACCACUUCUGCAAGGCCUGCAUCCAGGGCUACUGGGAGAGCAGCACCCGCGUCCCCUCCUGCCCCCAGUGCCGCCAAGAGUUCCCCAGCCGGGCUUUCCGCACCCACUACCUGCUGUCGGGGCUGGUGGAGAAGGUGCGGCGCUGUAGCUCUGCAGAGCACCAGUACAAGAUGCAGAAGCACCUGGAAGAUGCUUUGCAAGCUCGUCAGAAGGAGAUGGAGAACUUCUUGCAGAGGAAGCAUGCGACACAGGAAAAUAUCUGUGGCCUGACGAAGGUGUCCGGGGAGCUGAACAUCAAGAUCCGCGCAGAGUUUGCCCGCCUUCAUCAGAUCCUGGAGGAGGAGGAGAGAGCUGUGCUGGUAGAGCUGGGCGAAAAGGAAGAGCAGUCCCUGACACGCCUGCACGGGGACAUCCACCAGCUGGAGGAGGGGGUGUCGGUGCUGCAGAGGGACAUAGAGCGCAUAGAGCAGACCCUGAGCAAGGUGGAAGAAGUGUCACUGCUGGAGGUGGAGAGCCUGGAUAUCAGGCCCUCGGUGCGCAUUGAGACCCAGCCUGCCUUCAACCUGGAGCACUACAGGGACAGCCACAGCGGCCCCUUGCAGUACAUCUUCUGGAGACGGAUGCUGCGCUCCAUCUGCCCUGCUCCUGCCCCGCUCACCUUCGACCCUGAGUCAGCUCACCCCAACCUGGUCUUCUCCAGAGACCUGACAGCGGUGACAGAGGGGAAUCGAGCCCAGCCCGUCCCCAGCAGCCCCCGGCGCUUCCGUCAGUGCGUCAAUGUCCUGAGCUCACAGACCUUUGACAGUGGCCGGCACUACUGGGAGGUCUGGGUGGGCAGCAAAACAAAGUGGGACUUGGGGGUGGCCGCCGAGGCUGUGGACCGGGCGGUGAAGGUCAAGCUGUGCCCAGAGAAUGGCUACUGGACGCUUCGCCUGCGGAACAGGACGGAGUACUGGGCCACUGCCACCCCCUGGGUGCGCCUGACUCCCCGUCGGCCCCUCCGGAAAGUGGGGGUCUUCCUGGACUGCCAGGAGGGCACCGUCACCUUCUUCGAUGCUGGGAACAUGUCCCACCUCUUCACCUUCCACCAGGUCUCUGCAGAGAAAUACUGUCCCUUCUUCAGCACCUGCUUCAGCGACGGGAGGGACAACAUAGAACCCAUGCGCCUCUGCCACCUGGCCCUGUGAGGGACGAGGAGGAGCAGGGUGCUUUGGGGACACCAGCCUGGCUCCUUGUCUCUGCCAGCUGGCUGCCUGGGGCCAUGCUGGAGGCCAGUUCUGCACACACGGACCUGGUGGGUGUUGGAGGGGCUGUUUUGGUUUUUGCACAGUUCAGUAACGGCAGCCCCAGGGCUGCAGUGGAGGUGGCUGUAGGCUCCUUGCACCUCCUGUUUCUUCAUGCUGCCACCCAUAAACCCUGUGGAGGAGGGCAGUGGGCCCGGAGCACCAUCAGGUGCCUCUUGACGCUCAGCCCUGCGUCCCAGCCGUGGGCUUCAUCUGCUCGAAGAGCUUCAUGGGGAAGGGCUCCGGGCCGGCGGCAGAGGGAGCUCGGUGCACGCCAUGGGACCCACUGCAGCCCUGGGACUGCGGCGCUGGCUCCCUUGUACGCAAUCACUAUUAAAGCUCAUUAG